AUGUCUCCAUCUCAGACCCGAACAGGGAUUCAAGUCAUUAGGCCCGGACUCGCAGAGAUCCGAUCGGGCCUUCCUUACCCACGUCUCCGAGCAGACUACUUGAUCGCAGAGACCAAAGCAUUCGCUCUCAAUCCUACCGAUAACCAUCACAUUGACUCUCUGGCAGGUAUGGGGCCCAUCAUCGGUUGCGACUGGUCAGGAAUCGUACGAGAGGUAGGGGACAAUGUGACUCGGUUCAAGCCGGGAGAUGUUGUCUUCGGUGGCUCCCAUGGAGGAAACUCGGUCGAACCAGAAGACGGCGCAUUCUCAGAUAUCAUCACUGGAAAGGAACAUGCCACAAUGCAUAAACCUGAAUUCUUGAGCUUUGAAGAGGCUGCUUCGCUGGGUGUCGGGUUGGCAACGGUCGGCCAGGUUCUCUACCCCGUAAUGAAGCUCCCCUUGCCAUCGCCUGAUAUCCCAGCCAAUUCGGGCCCGACUCUGCUAGUAUAUGGAGGCAGCUCUGCCACGGGAACUAUAGCUAUCCAGGCGGCUAAAUUGUCCGGAUGCCGCGUCUUCGCUACCUGCUCUGCCGCAAACAGCGAGCUCGUUCAGUCUCGCGGUGCAGAGAAAUGGUUUGAGUAUCAUCAGUCAGACUUUAUCGAGCAAAUAGAGGCCGUCGGCUUGGCAAUCACGCAUAUCGUGGAUUGCAUUGGGACGGAAGAAUCGGGUUUUCAUUGCAGCAAAAUUCUCGCAUCCACAGGCGGUCACUAUCACUCAAUUAAGGUCCCGGUUCCUGAAUCUUUUAAGAGAGCAAGACCGGAAGAGAGUGCAGUGGCUACCACAGCUCUAGGGUAUACGAUGUUUGGUGAAAGAUUCGAAUUCCCCGGGGUGGCAGAGUUUCCCGCCGAUCCUGCAAUGGAGGCAUUCGCUAAGAAAUGGGUUUUGAUCGCCGAGCGCCUGGUUCAGACCAGGCGAAUUCAGCCACAUCCGGUUGAGAUACGCGAUGGAGGUCUAGUAAAACUUCUAGAUAGUCUUCAAGAGAUACGGACGCAGCCGCCCAGAGGCCGGAAGAUUGUGUACUCGCAAGCAUGA